CAAAGCAUUGGUUUUCUUUUUGUUUGUUUGUGAUUUCUUUGUCUUGUAACUUCAUUUCUUUAGGUUGAAAGAACUUCCUUUGAACAGACAGUCAUUUUUAAGACUUCUAACUUUUAAAAUAAACAAUAUAUUUGUGUGUUGGUAUCUAGAUUCCGGUAUUACCAAAACGUCUGCACCUUUAGCUAUUCCUCUGUGUGGUGGGACUGGCCAAGAUGGGAGAGAGAGAUCGACUGGAUGGCACUCAAUGGAAUCAAUCUGCCGCUGGCUUUUACUGGCCAAGAAGCCAUGUGGCAAGAGGUUUACCGAGCUCUUGGAUUGAACCAGUCUGAGAUUGAAGAGUUCUUCUCUGGCCCAGCGUUUCUCGCCUGGAACCGUAUGGGGAACAUGUUCAAGUUUGGUGGGCCUCUGCCACAGUCCUGGCAUGUGAACCAGCUGUACCUCCAAGUACUAAAACCUCCAUGUUUGUCAACACAAUUUAAAGCCACUAUGUGUAGGAUCAGGACAUGUCCGACUUUCACACCGAUUGGUGUUAUUAAAGAAUGUGCUGAAAGCAGCACGGAGACUACACCAACUUUCUGAAUUGUCUUAUUUUUCAGUAAAGAGAAACUUUAAUGUUUAGAAUCAUUUAAAGAUAAUAUGAUCCCAUCAGUAUUCCACAUAUAGUAGAAAAUAAUUUGCACUUUGACGGAAAUAAGAAUUCUUAUAGGUUAAUUCCAGUUUAUAAAAACUGGGGUCGUAUUUUUGAUUAUUUGUAUUAUACUUGCAAAAGUUAUUGUUGAGAUCUUGUAAACACAGAGAUUGCUACAAUGUCUACAAAUCCCCAGGUUGGCCAGAUUACCUUAAGCACUUUAUUUGGAGAUAAAAUGGAAAGUGCACACCUGAAAUGUUGCUAAUAAUCCCUCAUUGCGCAGAAAACCUGUUCACACAAUACACUAGUCGCUCAAAGCUGAAGCAGGAAGUGGGUCUGUAAUCUGUGAUGUGUGUUUAUAAUGGACAGUUUGGGUUGUAGUUUUAUUGUUGCUUUUGCUUUAUAUUCCAAGUUUGACUGAUGUGGGGUUUGUUUGCAGCAUGUCUGAUGGCCUGACUGCUCAUGUUUUAGCCCUUUCUGACUAGGAGUGAUGACGCAAACUACAAAAAUGCCCAAAUUGUCAUAAAUUACCAUUUAAAAGAAAAGUCUCAGUUUUUGUGGAUGAAAUCAUGAAUCGUUUCUACAUUUAAAAUGUUGGGUGAUGAAUUUCAGCUUGCCAGCAGCAUUGUACUGAAUACUC